CCCGACUUGCUUUCCUUUCCUUCCCUUGCUUUUCCCCUUGUUCUGCCCCCCCGCGGCCCGCCGCCCUUCCCAGCCGGGGCGCUGCGGGCUGCCCUGCGCCGCCGCCCGCGCCCGCCGUCCCGCCGGCGCUGCCUCGGCCGCGGGCUGCCGGCAUGGGGCCGGCCGAGGAGCUGGUGCGGAUCGCCAAGAAGCUGGAUAAGAUGGUGGCCAGGAAGAGCACGGAAGGGGCGCUGGAUCUGCUGAAGUCGCUGACCGGCUACACGAUGACUAUCCAGCUGCUCCAGACCACGCGCAUCGGGGUGGCCGUCAACUCGGUGCGGAAGCACUGCUCGGAUGAAGAGGUGGUGGCCUCGGCCAAAAUCCUCAUCAAGAACUGGAAGCGGCUGCUGGAGUCCUCUGCGACCCCAAAGAAGGAGAAGGACGCGGAAGGGGAGAAGGAGAAGAAGGAGAAGGAGAAAAGAUUGGACUUUCCCAGCUGGUCGAGCGAAGGGGCGAACUUGCACCCGGCGAAACACGGCAAGAGCCCGGCGGAGAAGCACAGGGCGAAGCACAAGGAGAGGAAGCCCGGCAAGCCCAGCUCGUGCUCGGCCGUCCCCAAGGGCCACUCUGCCAACCUCGACCCGGAGAGCAGGACCCCCCCGGCAACCUCGAAAAAGUCACCUCCGGACAGCAAGAAAGAGAGGAGAGACUCUGCAGACUCAAGGUGCUCCACGGCCAUUGCCACCACCGUCUCCUCCUCUUCCUCCCCGCAGAAGAGGCCGUCAGGGGAGAGGAGAGUCUCCGCGGGCUCCAGUCCCUCGUCAGCUCCCACCAGCACGUGGAGAAGCUCCAACGAUGGCAAGGAAGAAAGAGCCAACAGCAGCAAGGCCAAAGUGGAGACGCCGCGGACCCCCACCAGCCCCUCUUUCUCACCCGCCGUCUGCCUCCUGCCCCCCUGCUACCUCACGGGCGACUCGGUGCGGGACAAGUGCAUCGAGAUGCUCACGGCCGCCCUCUGCAUGGACGACGACUACAAGGAGUUUGGUGUCAACUGCGAGAAGAUGGCAUCUGAGAUUGAAGACCAUAUCUUCCAGGAGCUGAAGAGCACAGACAUGAAGUACCGCAAUAGGGUGAGGAGCAGGAUCAGCAACCUGAAGGACCCCAAGAACCCCAACCUGAGGAGGAACGUGCUGUGUGGGGCCAUCACGCCCAGGCUCAUUGCCCGGAUGACUGCGGAGGAGAUGGCCAGUGAUGAGCUGAAGGAGCUGAGGAACGCCAUGACCCAGGAGGCCAUCCGGGAGCACCAGAUGGCCAAGACGGGUGGCACCGUCACCGACCUCUUCCAGUGCGGCAAGUGCAAGAAGAAGAACUGCACCUACAACCAGGUGCAGACGCGGAGUGCUGACGAGCCCAUGACAACCUUCGUGCUGUGCAACGAGUGCGGGAACCGCUGGAAGUUCUGCUGACGGCACUCGCCUUCGCCGGCGGCUGGAGAUGUGACGAGAGAGGGGACGCCGCGCCGGCCACGUCCGGCACCGGGGGGAGGGCGGGCGGCCAAGGGCUCUGCUCCGGUGUGGUGCCUCCCGCUUGCGUUGCGUUGGGUUCCCAUCAACAUCCUAGGGGAUUUGGCUUGUGCCCAUUCGGGGGUUUGCUCAGGAAGACCUGCUGAACUCCAGCUGUUCCUCCCUAAAAAUAUUUGCCCUUUGCUCAGGGUGUGCUGGGAGCCCGCUGGAAACAGCACAUCCCCUCAAAGGAGGCUGCUCUGCCCUGGGUUGCAGAGGAGGUGGCUUGGAGGGAGCCUGGACUUGAACAAUUUUGGGGCCAGGAGAGACAUUUCCCUGUGUUCACCGUCCGAGGGGGCUGAGGUGGGAAAGAGCCAGGCUUUGCCCCCAAGAGCUGCCUUCCCCCUCUCCUAAAUGCACAUGGUGGGAGAGCUAAGAGGGAGGCAGGACACUUGCAGCAACAUCCGGACACUGGUGGGAAGCCACCGCUGUCCCUCCGCUCCGUGACACGUUGGCCAGCUGGCUUGGCUUGAGGGAAUGGUGUCCCCAGGAAAGAGAAGGGAUGAUGGGAGCAGAAAAGUGGGAAGAAAACCUCCAGCUAGAGCAAUAAAAGUGUAAAAAGCC